GAAGCAUAUUUGAACUACAUAACAAAUUUUAAACACGUGUGCACCUAUUCUACGUAGAGCUUGGAUCUUAUAUGUUUUAAAAGAAAAAAAAAAGGAUAUGUCGUUACAAUUUGAUAGGUGCAAGCUUACGGAUAGGCUGAUGGAAGGACUUGAUUAAUAUCAUGCUGAUACUUUGUGAAUAUAAUUAUACUGACUUGAAGUUUUUGACCAAUUUAGAAUUUGGAUCAUAGUUUGAGUACAUAUAUGGAAUUAACCUUGGUUUUUCAUUUUUUUUCAGUUUGUAAGUACCUUUAGUGUAGUGGGUUCAAUGAGAACACAGAUUUAUUCUCCGAAUGAAGGACAUUGUAUUCCCAUUAAUGUUACUUGGCCACCAUCCAGGAAGAAAGAUGACAGGCUGAAAGAGCUAUUUGAUGAUCUUGAAAGUAUAAGGGAAGAAUUCGAAUCCAUUGAGAGACCAAUUUUAGAUCUUGAAAAUCCAACUGUAAUAUCAGAGCCACCAUCCACCAACAAGUCGCCGCUUACUCCGUGGUUCCGAUUAAAGUCUUCAUUAAAGAAAACAGAUCAAAAGAAGCUGAAAUUCGAGCUGGAACAAGAUGACGAAGAGAGUUCAGAUUAUGAAACGGAUGAAAUAGUAGAAUGGGAGUACGAUGCAUUCGAAAAGGACCUAAUACCCAACUAACCAACCAAAUAUUUGCCUUAUCUGGUUUGCA